AUGAACCCGCUGUUCGGCCCCAACCUCUUCCUGCUGCCGCAGGAGCAGCAGGGGCUGCCGGGCCCCGAGCCGCCGCCGCUGCCCUCCCCGCGCCCCGCCGAGCCCUUCGCGGCGGAUCGGGGCCCCCCCCCCGCGCCCUCCGCCGCCGCCGCCGCCGCCCCGUUCCCCCCGCCGCCCGCCGCCAUGGCCCUCCGCAACGACCUGGGCUCCAACAUCAGCGUGCUCAAGACGCUGAACCUGCGGUUCCGCUGCUUCCUGGCCAAGGUCCACGAGCUGGAGCGGCGCAACCGGCAGCUGGAGAAGCAGCUGCAGCAGGCGCUGGACGAGGGCGGCCGGGCCCGCGGCCCCCCUCGCCGCGACCAGGCGGUGCAGACCGGCCUGGUGGGCCCUAUCCGGCCGCUGGGGCUGGGGCUGGGGCUUGGGCUGGGGGGCACCCGGCCCGCCACCCUCUGCGGCCCCGCACGGCCGCUGGGCUCCCCCGGCUGCCACCCCGGCGCCCCCGCCCAGGCGCCGCCGCCCUUGUCGGCCGCCUCCUCCCGCUUCAUGCCCGGCACCAUCUGGUCCUUCUCGCAGGCCCGGAGGCUGGGCCCGGGGCCGGAGACCACCCUGGUGCAGGGCCCGGGGGUCUCCUGGAUCCACCCGGACGGGGUGGGCGUGCAGAUCGACACCAUCACGCCGGAGAUCCGGGCCCUCUACAACGUGCUGGCCAAGGUGAAGAGGGAGCGCGACGAGUACAAGCGCAGAUGGGAAGAGGAGUACACAGUGCGUGUCCAGCUUCAGGACCGAGUCACUGAGCUGCAGGAGGAAGCCCAAGAGGCUGAAGCAUGCCAAGAAGAACUGGCCAUGAAGGUGGAGCAGCUCAAGGCAGAGCUUGUUGUCUUCAAGGGACUGAUGAGCAAUAACAUCACAGAGCUGGACACGAAGAUCCAGGAGAAGGCCAUGAAGGUGGACAUGGACAUCUGCCGGCGCAUCGACAUCACUGCCAAGCUGUGCGACGUGGCGCAGCAGCGGAACUGCGAGGACAUGAUCAAGAUGUUUCAGGUCCCAGCCUCGGUGGGGCGGAAGCGGGAGCGGAAGCAGGUCAGCGAUGAAGAUACGUCGCUGUCAGAGAGCGAUGCCUCCAGGAAACCUGAAGAGGAAGAGGAGGAUGAGACCACAGCCAUGAGUAUCAAUGAGGAAAUGCAGAGGAUGCUGAACCAGCUGAGGGAAUACGACUUUGAAGAUGACUGUGACAGCCUCACGUGGGAGGAGACGGAAGAGACGCUGCUCCUCUGGGAGGACUUCUCCGGAUACGCCAUUGCUGCUGCAGAGGUGCAGGGGGAGCAACAGGAUGACAGCCUGGAGAAGGUGAUCAAGGACACAGAGUCGUUGUUCAAGAGCCGUGAGAAGGAGUACCAGGAAACCAUCGACCAAAUAGAGCUCGAGCUGGCCACGGCCAAGAACGACAUGAACCGGCACCUGCAUGAAUACAUGGAGAUGUGCAGCAUGAAGCGAGGUCUGGACGUGCAGAUGGAGACUUGCCGGCGGCUCAUCACCCAGUCUGGGGACAGAAAGUCUCCUGCCUUCACCCCGGCCUCCACCAGCGAGUCGGCGCCCAACGAGGAGAGCGAGGAGUCUGACCGGGAUCCCCCCAGUGACGCUUCCAUCAGAUAAUGAGGGGAGGUCCCGCUCCCUUGGCCCUCCGCUCCUGGCAAAGGGGUGUCUGAGCCACGCCUGGGAGAGACUGUCAGGGACACGGAGCUGCUGGUAAACGCCUGUCACCCAGGCCCACCCCCACCUUGGGGCAGAUCCGCCUGCCACCAGGUGUCUUGCGAAUGGGAAUAGCUAGGUAGACCCUGUCUGGGCCGCUCGUCCUCCAGCCCUUUCUCUGUUCCUUCUCCCCGCUUCGGUUUACCUGCGGUUCAGGCAGGGUGGCCCCAAACUUGCCACAGCAGCGCUCUCCAGGACCUGUCCCCCAGGCCCUCCAAACCCACCUUCUCCGGGCUCUGUCCUGGUGCACCUGGCCUGCCCCCUGUCUUCCUCGUGCCGUGCAGGAGCCGAACUAGAGCUGUACCUCCCUGCAAACUGGACCUGACGCUGGUGCCAACUGGACCGAGCCCUGGGCUGUCCCCAUCCUCGCUGCUCCCUGGGCAUUGGGGUAGGCCUGGCGCUGUGCCAGGCACCGCCGCUGUCCCCUCCCGUGGGGCAGGGGCACCGAGUCCCGCUCACCGUGCACUUUGCUUUGCUGCGCGUCGGUGGCGCGUUUGUUACAGAGACGAGGGAUCAUUAAACGGGACGGUUGCCUUUUCUACAGCUUCUCUGGGCGUGGGCUCUCACUGGGCUGCAGCAGGCACAGGACUGCAUUGCUCGAAGCGGGGCCUCCUCUGCCCGGCCCUGCUCCCCGGGAUGCUCCCAUCCCUCGUGCAGGAAGGUGCUGGCGGUGAGAUCCCUCUUUGGGCAGCUACAAGCCCUCAAAGGGCCACAUAUAACGCUGGUACUGCGUGGGCCAGGCUCCAGGCUUAAAAUAAAACCAAACCGAGUUGUUUUAUCUGCACUGA